UCCAUCUCUUUCGUUUACCUUUCUUCUUUUAUGCUUUUCCAUUCACUCGUCUACAAUUACUUCUCCCUUUUCUUCUCCCUGUCAUUCUGACUUUUUUUUUUUAUUAUUAUCAAUCACUUUUCCUUCCUUCCUUCUCUCUGCCUCUCUCUGUCUCUCUCUCUUUGUCUGUCUGUCUCUUUCUCUGGCUGUAACGACACGUAAAAUCAGGAAUUAUGGUUCGAUCGCUGUAAACGCGAUCGAUUUCUGUACGUAUGAGCGUACAAUGUCGAUGAGUCGGAAGAAAGGACAACGAAUACAGACAGGAAGCGAGAGUGUUCGUUGUGUGUCCUCGACGAUGAUCGUCACCUAGAGAAGCGAGUACGCACGCUCGUUCACGGAGACAGAAAUAUGAGGCGCGUCAGGACGUUCGUCGGAACAAUCGACGCCGAUGUUGUUGUCGUUAACGUACCUUCACAGACGAGUACAAAGAGAAUAGAGAUGCGUGAGUGUUUCACGUUAGCCGAGUCGUCGGUAAAUUAUGCGUGUACAUAGAGGAUAGCGGAGGGGAUAGGCGAGAAGAGUGGAGACCAAGUGUCGUAGAAACUAGAAUUCGGUCGUGUGUUGUGAAAUAAAAGGGUCCGAAGUAUCACGAAGGAGAGAAGCCUGGAAUUGCCACGAAACAGCAACAAGGUCUCGUGCGUCGUAAAACUGCCUACGUAGAUCGUAGCCGAUUUCAAAAUGGGUUGUUUCGGCAGCAAAGAUAAGUUGAGCAAAGAGGAUAUGGAUUUCCUUAAAUCACACACAAAAUACGAUGAAGCAGCUAUAAAAGAAUGGUACAGAGGAUUCAAACAAGAUUGUCCAACUGGUAGAUUAGCGCCAGCAAAAUUUGUCGAAAUGUACAAAAUGUUCUUCCCAUCUGGCAAUGCGCAAGAAUUCUGCGACCAUGUUUUCCGUACAUUCGAUAUGGACAAAAAUGGCUACAUCGAUUUUAAGGAAUUUCUAUUGGCCAUCGAUGUAACGUCUAGCGGGACGCCAGAAGAAAAACUAAAAUGGGCUUUCCGGAUGUAUGACGUUGAUGGAAAUGGCGUCAUUGAUAUUCAAGAAAUGACUAAGAUCGUUCAGGCAAUAUACGACAUGCUCGGUGCAUGCUCGAGCAGCAGACCAGCAGACAGUGCAGAAGAUAGAGCGAAAAAUAUAUUUGCAAAAAUGGAUGAAAAUAAUGACGGUCAACUUACCGAGGAGGAAUUUUUGAAAGGUUGCCUUCAAGACGAAGAGCUUUCAAAAAUGCUGGCCCCUUAAUUCCCGUGUUUUGUUUCGGGAUCGAUUAUUAAUAGUACACUGUUGUCAAAAAACAUUCGUAAAAUACCAACCGACCGAGCAACAGCGAUGAAAGCAAUUUCAGAUACAUCUGUCUUUCAUACGAAACGUAUUUGUUGUAGAAUUAUACAUACAUAUACAGAUGCACGUAUUCGUACGCGCCCGUACACAUGCAUACACGCACAAAUACACGGACACGCGCGUGCGCGCGGAUAUAUUGCAGCAUUACAAUGGUUAAUACGAAAACUUGAUAGAACGCCUUUAAUUCCCAGAAUUGCAAUUGGCAAAGAACAAUAACUAAAGAAUCGUUGUCUUUCUACGUCCUAAUUUCGAGUCGAGUUAACGGAAUCGAAUAAUUUCUCGAAAGAAAUUCGUCGACGGAUUACUUUUUAAGGAAUCGAAUUUAAGUGCUGUGAACGCGAGAGAAGUCUACCCUUGAUCUGAAUUUACAACCGGUGAUACGAAGGAACUCAUACAUUGACUACUUGGAAAGUAUCCAGCAUUAGACAUCCAAAAAAUACACCCAAUUUCUCAACAAAAAAAAACAAAAAAAAAAACAAAAAAAAACACUUAGACUGUGAAGAGGACAACAUCGGCAAGCAACGCUUUGCAAUCAUGACCAUUUUAACAUUUUAUAUAGUUGCAAUUUCGUUGUUGGAUGUAAACACAAAAGAAAUAUUUCAAUGAGAUUGCAUUGAGGAGUUUAAACUGAUGCUUCCGCGGCAAGUACCUUAAGAUUGACGUUUAAGGUGAACGUUAAUUACUAGACGUAAUUUGACAGGAUUUUUCAAUGUUUCGUGAUCGAACGGUUCAGACAGUUGCUCUCCCUUUAUAAUUUGAACAACGACGACAAAGUGCUAGGACAUUUCGUGAGUGAUGGUAACACAACGAAUUGCAAGAGAGUACUGUCGAAUAGGUAGAACAAAUUUUCAAUCGAGGAAUGCAGUUUUAUAUUGCACGAUAUACUUCAAAUGGUACAUUUCACACCCAAAAAGGUAUGUCAUAUUAACUAGUCAAUAGUUAACUGAUUAACAUUUUCAUUGAAAUUUCUCUCGAUCUAUCUGUAUAGAGUGUCUGGCAAUGAAGAAAAUAUUUUCCAGGGUGAUCGUACGUUAUAAAAUACUAUGAAACUUAGAAAUAAACAAAUUGUAUUUAUAUUUGCCGAAUUACUAGGCUUCAAACAUUAUUUCGUUGGAUAUUCAAACUUCUAUAAUCAAGCAAUAUCGUUUGAUUGUGAUUGUGUUUCUGUUUUUAAUUGCAUUUUAUUUGACAAUAUAAGAUCAUUCCUUCGAAUUCUUCCUUUCAAUCCUUUUUGUCAAACAUUCUAUACUUUUCAAAGAUUUCACUGAUUUGUCUUAUACCAGUCUAAAUACCGUAGGUACUGAACUUAUUUUUUAUUCAUUCUACUAAAGAUACAUGCUACGCUAUUUAAAAUUUUCGUGAGUGUCACUGUGUAAUUUCUCAUAUACGUAUUAUAGUGAGUGUAUAAAAUAUACGCGCGUCGUCUAAAACUAGAAGAUAAAUACAAAACAUUUAAGUUGGCAAUGUAUAUGCGUGCAAUAUAACAUGUCUACAAAGAAUACUUAGUGUUAUUGUGUAAUAUGUAUCAAGCACUACGUUCCUUAAAAUUAGGGUAGUAAUGGAAUAUAUUCGACAGAUAAAAUCUAUAGUUUAAAGGAGAUUAAGGAACUUCAUGUUGAAUAAAAAAUAUGUCAACGAUGUUGUCCCUUUAAAUUUACUUGCAAUAAUUUAAGAUGAGGGCAUAUAGAUAAUAAUACAUUAAUCAGCUGGUAAUAAGGAGAUAUGUUGUGAAAAUUAUAAAGUUUGUAACUCGUUAACUUCUUUCUGGUAAGGAAAUAUGGAAGCAAGGUAACCAGCUCUGAAAUUUAUACUACAACUGCUUACCAGCACGCAUGCAAUUUUCUGCUUUUUUUUCAUUUCUAGGAUCACGCGUAAUAAGAUAAAAAUGCACGAGACGAUUUUUCUCGAAUCGGCAGCCAAUCCGACUCUUACAUUCAGUUAUUUAUUGGCACGAAAAUAUAAAUGAUUUAUAAAUUUUAUUUUCAAUUUAAUUUUUUAAUGAAUUUACACACGUUGGCCGGGUCCGCAACUGAAUCCCAUAAAAUUACCUUGUGCAUUUUUAGCUUAAUUCCGCUUAUCCUUUUAUGCAUCCAUGUGAUUUUUCAGUUUCGUAAUAAACUUCGAUUUUAUGCUUAAUGUAGCUCAAUGGAAAUCAAAAGUAUACCCAUAAGCAGAUUAAUAAUUUUAUACAAAAUCUUCCGCUCGACAAAAUUAACUGUACAAUUUUUUACAAGAUUUAUUUCUUUUAUUUGUAAAUGAAAUAAGAAAGCAGAAAGCAAUUCGAACGAAAAGUAUGGCGUUAAUGAACUUUAUCCAUGGUAUUUCAUUCUUAUUUCGAUUCCUUAUUUUUUUCUUCUUUUUUUUUACAUCAGAGUUAUCUGUGAUUUUUAAAGCCUAUAGAUCAUUCAUUACUACUUAGAUAGAUGAAAUAAAAAAAUAAUUUUUGUUCUUGAAAGAAAGGUUGCCGACACAAUACUUGAGAUUUUACGAAUUUAUAUAAAUCACGGGUAAAAUAUCGUUUCAUUAGGAUUUGCUCGGAAGGUUUGUAAGCAGGAAGUAAGUAGGUAUCUAUGUACUAAUAUGCAGUUCGUGCAAUUGAUGUAAACAAAAAUCGCUCGCGUUAUCCGUAUAGUUACAUACAUAUUAUGUAUUGUAUAGUAGAUUAAGUACAUAUCAUUGCCUCUUAAACGAAAAUCGAUCUGACGAAGUUUUCUUCGUGUUUUUACAACUUCGUGCUUCGAUCAUGCAUACUACGAUUUCAGUCAAUUUUAAACGUGAACAAAUUUUGUUCGUUAAUACGAUAUUGGAGAAAAGAUGCGACCUCACUCGCGCGCGCGCACACACUCCCAAAAUCUUUAAAUACGUAAUUAUACAGAGUGAAUAUAUUAUUCAUUCACGGUAUGAUAAAAAAAAGAAUGAUCUUUAUUCAUUCGUUGCAAUUUAUAUAAUCAGUGACAUUCGUUCAUUUAAAUAUAUCGGCACAAUAUUGAUUUUUUUUUAAAUGUCCUCAAAUGGUGGCAUUGACCAUAAAUAAACGUGAUUUUGUAUCGCAUUAUUUCAUUUUGUUUCAUACAAAUUAUAGUCGACUAAUUAUAUAACUAAUUGUUUAAAAUGAUAAGACAGAAAAAAAUGAAUAGAAAUAGGAAACUAUCGUAUUAUUAUUAAUUUAUAGACAUAUUACAAGUAUAUGCAUACAUGUAUGUUGAGAUACUUUUCACGUUCUGUGUCCCUAUUCGUGAUCUUUCGCUUUGUCCCCAAUAAAUUGAAGGAUAAUGCGUAACAAAGCAUCGCAAUUCUCCUUAAAUCGAAAGUGCAGCAUUGACAAUCGAAAUAACAAGUUUCUUUAUUGAAAGAGUCAAUGGAUAUAGACGAAAAAUUUUAUAAAGCUUAAGAACAAACCCAAAGUGCAUUAUAUAUUACAAACACGUUGUUACAUCUCAGUUUCCACCUUUGAUUUUUGCAGCGUUCAAUAAUUAAAAAUUAAUUGCUCUCAUAAAAGAAUAUAUUAAUAAAACCAUCUAACUCUACGAGUAAUCUGUUUUCUUCGUAAAGAAGUUAUCUGUAUUUUUUCAUUUUUUCAUGUUUUCUUGUACAUACUGACAUACGAAAUACAUUUUAUAAGCCCACGUUUUAUUAAAAAUCUUUGAAUCUUGUCAAUCGAUUUAACGAUUUUAAUACGUACGAAAGGGCCGUAACUCACCGGAUAGUAAAAAUAUCACAUUCAGUACGUACUCACAUUUUAUCUCCAAUAAGUAUUUUACUGAAUUAAUCUUAAAUUACAAAAGUUCAGUAUAUUUAACAAUCCCAAUAAUUUCGUAAUAUGUGUCAAAGUUAUUAAAACGACAAUUACUGUUACAUCAACGUAAUAUACGCAGUAACAACUCAAUGAACAAUGCUUAAUCACUUUGAUGGAAUAUUCUACCGUUAAUAUAUACCCCAUAGAGGGAUAUUUUAUGAAAUCUACUGUGAAAACUAUCCGAAAGUAUAAUCAAUUGAAACUACGAAUCUUACAAGCUAAACAUGAGAAAUUCAAAUGCAAGCGAAAAAUUGAAUUACCUACGCUAUUUCACAAAUCUAUACUAUUUUAUAUUUUUCUACGCCAUCCAUUCUAUCCUCCCUAUACAUUCAAUCACACUUCCAACCUAUUAAAAGGCACGCUUCUGUCUUUUUUUUUUUACUAAUAAUUAUCACUAGAAUGCGGAUUUCUAUGCAUUUGUGGGAAAUUUAAAGGUGCAAGAAAUGCACAGAAUGCGCAUGACAGGCAAAAAUAUAUAAAAUAUUCAAGAUACAAUAUUCUUCCAUACAAUUAUAAUAUUUCGUAAGGGAAACAAAGCUUAGCUCCCACUCUUUAGUUGUAUUCUUAAAAACAUGGAUUUUCAUAAAUAUCAACAGUCUAAUCACUCUUUCUACAACUUUUUGAUAAAUUAUGCAUUACAGCUAUAAAACAAAACAUUAUAAUUCAAAUAUACUCUAUGUAUUGCGCGAUAAAGAGAUUCGUGACAGUCCUCGAAUGACACGGUAGACAUUUUUUAUUUUCAGGCCUUCUUCGAAAGUUAGGAUCACACGGAUCCUUUCAGAAGAAAUGUGGUUUAGACCAGUUUUGCUUUCAAUGUAUGAAAUAUCAUUGUUGCUUUUAGGGGUGCGAUAAAAGUGUCUUAUGUGAAAUGAUUGCAUUCAAAAAGGGACAUAUUACGAUAUAUAGAACGUAUUCCUCUUCUUUUUUAAGUCUUUUAAAUAUAUUUUAGGAUAGGCAGCUUCUUUUGUCAUAUAAUCUAUUUUUUUACAAUAUUAUUGACGAUAUUAUGACAAAAUUUAGCAAUGUAUUUAUGCUUAUAUCUUUACAUUUUGUAUAAAUACUUUCAUGUAAUUUAUGUAUUCUACGAGACUAAUCUCCCAUAUAUCUAUUAAUAAAGAUACAUUGAUACCAAUAUAUGGAUAUGGGUAUGAAUAUGGAUAUAGGGAUGAAUAUAUGAUGAUUAUUGUAACAUGUAAACCCUUACGAAAGUCGAACUCGUUUGUUCGUUGUGCUGCUCGUGUAAUAAUCCGUAAGCUGUUGAAACAUUCAAGCGAGAAUUUCAAUUCGAAUUAUACUUUCAAGUAAAUGAUUAAUUUAUUUAUAGAAUAACCAAUAAAAUCCUGUUGUCAUAAUAAUACACGAAAUAUAUUUCGUGACUUUCAAUUGCUUUGUAUGUAAAAAAAUUUUCAAAACUCUACUCACAAAUUUUAUAUUCUUAUUUCAAAAAUUCUUCUAAUUGAAUAAACAUUUUAAUGAUUUUCAUUGGAUCGAGUUACACGUAAUACUUGUUAAAACUUUCCAAACGGUGUAAAUGAAAUUUUUUAAAUUUCAUAAAACAAAAUAAACUUCGCUUUCACGUUAUUAUCGUAAAUUAAUGAAUAAUUAAAAUUAAUUCAAAAUUCACGAUACAAUGAUUUACAUUACACAAUUUAUUAUGAUAACAUUAAUUUCAGAAUUUCAUUGUAUAUUUCAUUCCGAACGCAAUGGUACACGUAUCAUCAAUGAUGGUAUAUGGUUUGAAAUUAAAUGUAAAAAUAGUAUGAAGAUACAAAAGAAAAUAUCGUUAUUACAUUCAUGCUUAUUUCUUUUAUUUAUAAAAAUUGUUCUUUUUUUUUGAAAUUAUAUUAUCACAAACGGAUUUAUGCAAAUUACAUUACUCAAAGUAGAUCCGUAUAUUGCUCGAAAAUUCGUUUAAUUCUCACAGAAUUAUAUUUGCUAAAAACAUAAUUAUAUAUGUAUAUAUUUGUGACAGAGAGAAUAUACUGCCGAUUAUUAUUUCUGAUUUUACAUACUUCGACGUCGUUUCGACAAUUUAUUUAGUAUAUAGGCUCUUUAGGACCAGUAGUCUUCGAUAUAUUUGAAGAAUAUAUAGCCUUUGUAGAAAUCUAAGAUUAAUAGAUUGUAAUAAUGAACAUAAUUUGAACAGAUACUUCAAAAUAUCUUCUCUGCUAUUCUUUCUCUACUUCUUCUCAUUUGAUGCCAAUGCUGACGUUGUAUAAUGCUGCUUCUGCAUCUACUUUCCAUUUUUAUGCUGACUAUUAAAUAUGAACUUGAUACUAAAGAAACAAUAUAUAUAAACUCUUCUAUCAUAUUAUGUAAAUGAAUUCCUUGUUGUUCCCUCAAAAUCUUAAAAUUCAUACUUCGAAUCUUUAAAGCUGUCAUUAAUUUACCAUCAAACUAAUGAGUAGAUUUCAAAAUAUAAUCAUAAUAAAAUUAUUAGUUUAAUGUUGUAUAAAUAAAAUUGUUUAGAAUCAAUGUUUUCGAAAUUCACCAGACUAUGUAAUUAACAACCAAAGGCUUUUAACAACUUAAUCUCAAUAUAAGUUAAUUAAGUUAAGAAAAAUUCUUUUCUUAGAAAAAAGCAAGAUCUGUAAAGAGAUUUAUUCGAUAACUUAUUAAAUUUUUGUAUACUUUGCUGGUGUCCAAUCAUAUUAAAUAGAACAUUAAAUUAAAAAUGUAAUAAAUUAUAUGUAAUAGCGUCAUAAAGUAUGUGAUAGUUAUGUGUUACAUUUAUUUUCCAAGAGCAAGAAAAAGACUAAAAAAUAAAUAAAUAUAUUUCGGUGGAAAGAUUUAUGAAAUGUAUAAUAACAAGUAAGAGGUAGUUCAAUGUGCAAUUGAACGAUAAUUAUAUUCGUAUCGUUUAGUAUAAGGUUAUUAAAUAAGAUUGUAAAUUUAUUUGAAAUCACAAUCAACGAUUUGACAAAAUCUUAUGACUGUAUAUUUUAUGGCCUUGUUAUCUUAUAAAUUGAAAGGUUUGAGGUAUAUGUACUUCUUCCAAAAACCAGCAUGUUUACACAGUUUUAUUAUAGAUUAUUUUGUAGUCUUUAGAUUUUCGAAUCUCUGUGUCUCUUCAGAAACGUGUAAUUAAAAAUUGUAUAUGCAUUCGUUAUACUCAUUAAAUAAUGUAAAAUGUGUGAAAGGAAACAAGAUAUAUAUAUAUAUAUAUAUAUUUGCUAACGUAGUAACAUUGAUUUUGCUGAUAUUAAAAUUCUUAUGUAAUCUAGUUAAUACGCGCCACAGUACUGUAUGAAUUUUGUACAUACAGUAUAUUUCAAGAAGGGUGCGAAAUAACGUCCUUUAAGAAAAGUUUCACCGACUUUUAUCUCUAGUUAUUUAAUAUACAUAUGUAUGCGUUCUUUUAACGAGAAUCUUGCAUAGGGCACAAACAUGUUCGAUUUUCAAGAACACUGUAUACAAGGUCUAAGAAAUUCAUUAAGUUGGUUUUUUGCCUAAUGAUUAAAAAUCUUAAAAUAACAUGUUAAAAGGAAGGAAAAUAAUGAUUCAAAAUAAUUUAAAGAACUAUAAAAAUGAUAUAUAUAUAUGUUCUUUAGAAAUAACCUAUUAUUUGAAUAAACCGAAUUUUGCUAUUAUGUAUUUUAUUCCAAUCAUUAAAUUACAAAUUUAGUAUUAUGAAUUAAUGUAUGUUACAAUUAAUGCGUUACAUUUACCAAAAAAGUUAUGAGACAAAAAGGCAGCUGCUACACUUGUUAUGUAUGUGCGUGUGUGUAUAUAUAUACAUAUACAUACUAUAUAUAACAUUUCUUAAUGUACAUUUAAAUUUUUCCAUAAGGAAAAAAAAUAAUUUUUUUUCAAAUCUAUUUGAUCUAAUCGUAGAUCUUACUAUAACAAUGUAGCUAAACGCAAUUAAUUCCGCGAUUUUAAAGAAAACUGGGACGGGUCACAUAUUGUGGAAAAUGAAAUCUACCAUAUUUUUGUAACAGUCUAUAAAAUAGUUUCAAGAAUAUUUUUAUUUUAUCGCACAUUCAUUUCAUGCAAUAAACUGUUUUAUCGUUAACAAAUAUCAUCCAAUAUAAAAUACAUGGAAGAAAUUUCUGUAAACAGAUAAUUUUGCAACAAGUACCUGAAUUUCAGUAUUCGAUUUUGGUAUUAUAUCAGACCAAUCAACCCAUUUUUCUUUGAAAUCUCAAUAGAAAUUCGAAAAGAAUGUCUUGCAUCUUGUUACAUACAUAAAAGUUUGUUCUAAAUCAUAUUUGUCAUCGCUUCUGCGUACUUUUAUAAUCUGUUAGAGUCGCCGUAUAAUCUUUGGAUCACAAAAUAAGAAAAUUCGUAGUUCAAAUUACGUAUUACGUACGUAAUAUGUAAUUACAUAUAAGAUGCAAUUAAUAAAAUUAAUCAAACGAUGACCGAUGGUUUCUAUUCAUAACUUACUAAAAUAAAGUAUUAAAACUAUUAUUCAGUUCCAGAGCAGCAAGAAAUAUUCGUGAUCCAAUGAUUAAUCGUACUUAUAAGAUCGGUAGUUCACUUCUAAAACACGCAUCUUGAAAUUGACAUUCAUUAUGCUGCAAAUUAAAGCGUACUAUUAUAUUUAUUUUGUGACAUUUUAGUAGUAUGAAUUAUUUCUGAGAUAUGAGUAUAUCGAUUAAUUAAUUGAUAUUAAUAAACGUGCGUAUUUCAUGAUAACAGGUAUAUGUAAUGCGUCAGUAUGAACAUUAUACGAUGGGUCGACAUAAAAAUAGAUAGAGGAGAAUGUGUUUUACAAGAAUUACUUAACGCCAUCCAUACAUUUGCUUAAAAUUAUGUAGAUUAUCGGUGGUAAGAAUUUUACAGAACAUUGUCAACCGCAACGGAUAAUAUUAUGAGUCUAAAUAUCAUUGACAUACAUUAUUAAUCAUGUCUGAUGACCAUUUUUGAUUCUCGGUUACUUUUAAGUGUUGAGAACCAAAUGAGAAUAAUAGAACUUGCUAGAGACAAAAUGAUAUUAAUUUAAAAUACGACUCAGUCACAUAAUUUUUGUCCUUCACAGAGAAAAUUUUAAAUAACGUACAAAUUGUAAUCAUAGGACUACAAGCUACUCAUGGAUAAUUUAUUAUUUUAUUAUUAAUCGAGUCUCCCUUUAAAUUGAAACUAAAUGAAUGUCUUUUUUAGAUUUUAAUUCUUUUUCUUUAAAUAAUCUAAAAUACAAUAUAAAAUAUUGUGUAUACAAAGAAAUGCUUUCAGACUUGAACAGACACCGACAUAAUUCCAGAAACAUGUUUUUUAAAUUUUACACCUUUAAUUCACGUUCGUAAUACACGUGAAUGGUCUAAUAAGAUCUAAUAUAUAUGUACUUAUUACGUCAGCACGAUACUUAUUAAUAUUUCGUUUAAACAAUUAAACAUAAUUUGUUCGUAAAUAGUAUG